CGGCGGGUGGCACAUGUAUAAAGGAGGGGAAAAGGUGCUAAAUCCAACACUCUUCUUCUACAUCAUACCAUUCUACCAUAUUCACCACCGAGAUCCAUCAAUCACCAUGUCUCCUCCAUCCGCAACCGGUUUUGAAACCGCCACGAUAGCGUUGCAGUCCCAAGAUGGAGUCGACACCGCCGCCGCAGCCAUGGGCUCUAAAUUCCCCACCCCCCGCAAGUUCGACGACAAACUCAAGGAGCGCGAAUACCUCAAAGGCCGCCUCAUCCUCGCCUACCGCAUCUUCGCCAAACUAGGCUACGACGAAGGCGUCGCCGGCCACAUCACCCUUCGCGACCCCGUAGAGCCGACCUCCUUCUGGGUCAACCCCUUUGGCGUCGCCUGGCCUCUCCUCAAAGCCUCAGACCUCAUCCUCGUCAACGCGGCCGGUGAGAUCGUCGACGGCGGCCCCGUCCGCCUCCUCAACAAAGCAGCCUACAUGAUCCACCACGCCGUCCACACCGCGCGCCCAGAGGUAAACUGCGUCGCGCACUCUCACUCCAUCUACGGUCGCACCUUCUGCGCGCUCGGUCGCGAACUUGACAUCAUCACCCAGGACGCAUGCGCCUUCUACAACGACCACGCGCUGUACGACUCAUUCAAAGGCGUAGUGCUCGGUGAGGAGGAGGGGCAGGAGAUCGCUGCUGCGUUGGGUGGGAAGAAGGCGGCGCUGCUGCAGAACCAUGGGUUGUUGACUUGUGGGUUGAGUAUUGAGUCGACGGUGUUCUGGUUCACGUCGCUGGAGAAGUGUUGUCAUGCGCAGCUGAUGGCGGAUGCGGCGGCGGGGGGGAGGGGUGGGGUGACGGUUAAGGUUAAUGAUAAGGAGGCGGAGUUUACGGGGAAGGCUAUUGGGACGGAGACUGCGGGGUGGUUUAGUGCGUUGCCCGCGUUUGCUGUGAUGGAGAAGGAGGUGGAGGAGGGUUAUGAUCAAUAGGAAUCAUUGUUUUUGUUCUAUUUGUGAGGAACGGGCGUAUCAGUUGUAGUCCUGAGUGGCUGAACACCCCUAUUUUAAUCACGGCCACUAUACUUGGUGGUCAGUCCAGUUGGGCGCUUAAAAAUAUAAAGCCAUACUAAAUUUAUCAGGUGAGAAUGAGCAC